GGAGACGCUGUGCGUGGAUUGAGUGAAGAUGGCGACGGGGAGGACGGUGUGGGGAGGAAUGGCAGCGGCUCGGCUACUGCAGGGGAGUCGCUUUCCCAGUGGCCAACCCAGGCGCUGUACAUACCAAAAUGCUGGAGUAACUCAGCGGGUGAGGCAGCAUCUCUGGAGAGAAGGAAUGGGCGACGUUUCGGGUCGAGACCCUUCUUCAGACUGUUUUUAUGUUUGCAGAUUUAAAUUUCAAACUGGAUGAGAAGACUGCUCACUGUUCCUUGGACCUAUUCAAAAAAGAGACGGGAGUGAUCUACCGCAUGAUCGGUAUUGACCCAACCAAAGCGGCAAAGAACCCUGAACGCUUCACAGACUGGGCUGUGGUCUUGGCUGACACGCCACUGUCAUCUGGGAGGCAUUACUGGGAAGUAACAGUGAAACGGUCGCAAGAGUUCCGAAUCGGUGUGGCAGAGACUAAUAUGUCUCGAGAAGAAUGUAUUGGUGCCGAUAACUGCUCCUGGGUCUAUGCUUACCUCCAAAAGAAGUGGUAUUCCAUGGCAUCCAGCGAGAUGAUACCAGUCGACUUCUUUGGAAAGCCUGAUCGAGUUGGCUUUCUCCUGGACUGUGAAGCCAAGACACUCAGUUUAAUAGAAAUUGAGAAAGCUGCUGUUGUUAGCACAAUAAUGACUGAGUUUAGGGCACCACUUGUUCCAGCCUUUGCACUUUGGGAUGGAGAACUCAUAACACAUCCAUGCAAGGACAUACUGCAAGGCAUCUAAAUCCCUCCCGCCUGCCUUUAUUUUGUUCACGGUGUCUGUCAGUCAUUUUUAAUGAAAUGAUUGACUUUUAACCUG